GCUGCGUCAGUCACGCCGUGGAGCCACUCGGCGUUCAACAACCCGCUGCGAAUACCCCGACCGACCGUGGACGUGCGCGCCCGCACUCGAGUGAAAUAUUAUAAUAACGACGAACAGUGUGCGAUUAUUUUUUUUAAAAUUUUUUAUUUGUUUUAAAUUUUUUCGUAUCGAUAAUUUUUUUUUCUUUUUCUCCUUUAUACACGUGCGCCCGACUUUUCGCGAGUGAUGCCGCCGCGCUGCUAAGACCGACGUCGUAAAUAAUUUUAUCUCUUGUCGCCGCGUCGAUAUGCGAUCCGUCCGUGCACUCACUAUUAUAUAAUAUUGUUGUAGGUAUAUCAAAUUAUACAUUUGUUGUUGUGUACUUUUUGCCGCAUCAUCGUCCGUACCUCGCGACCUUCGCCAAAAUACCACCGCGAUACCGGUAAAAUCGGUGCAUCUCAUUGUAAUAUUAUAUAUAUCAUACCGGAGUCAUUUUAUCAUCAUAAUAUAUAUAACAUCCGAGGGUGUGACGCGUAAAUGACGACCGCGUUAUGUUAAACCCGUUUAUGGAAAACGCGUCUCUGGUCAACGGCAUGGGCGUCAAGGUCGAGGAAGACUACAUGGCCGCUUCCCAGGACCACUACCAUCAGAUGCAUUACGGGCAGCAGCAGCCAGCGCCGGCACCACCGCCGCCGCCACCACCUCCACCGUCGGCGCACCAUCCGGGCUACCCGGGACCGAGGGACUUUUUGCACAUCCGCCGUGACGUGGCCGACUACCACCACCACGGCCAUCACCACCAUCAUCACCAUCACCAGCACGGCGGCGACCAUCACAUGAGCGGACUGUACCCGGGGGCCGUGCACCACGACUUGCAGCUGCACCACGGACAGGCGUACCCGCCGCCGCCGCACCAGCCGUCGCUGCAGCCGUCCGCGUCCGUGCACCGGCACAACGACUACGGCGGCCAAGACCCGUACGGCGGCGGGGGCGGUCACCCGGGCGGCGCGUUUUACCGGUACAUGCGACACGGCCCGGUGGCGGCCGCCGCGCUCAAGGACAUGUCGUGCCUGUGGAUCGACAAGCCCGGGCCGCCGAUGCGCACGUGUGGCAAGAUGUUCGGGUCCAUGCAGGACAUCGUGUCGCACAUCACGGUCGAGCAUGUCGGCGGGCCCGAGUGCACGACGCAUGCGUGCUUUUGGCACGGGUGCGAGCGCAAGGGCCGGCCGUUCAAGGCCAAGUACAAGCUGGUCAACCACAUCAGGGUGCACACCGGCGAAAAACCGUUUCCGUGCCCGUUCCAGGGGUGUGGCAAGGUGUUCGCCCGGUCCGAGAAUCUCAAGAUCCACAAACGCACUCACACAGGCGAGAAGCCGUUCAAAUGCGAGUACGAAGGAUGCGACCGUAGGUUCGCCAACAGUUCGGACAGGAAAAAGCACUCGCACGUACACACGUCGGACAAGCCGUACAACUGUAGGAUAUCUGGCUGCGACAAGUCGUACACUCAUCCUAGUUCCCUCAGGAAGCACAUGAAGGUGCACGGCAACGGCAAGAUGGACAGCGACGGCAACUACGACUCGGAAGACUCCAACUGCUCGUCAGGUGGUUCGAUCAGGGUGACCGACAGUUGCACCACUGCGACGCCCAGCAUCGUGUCGCCAGUGGAUCACCAUCACGGAUCGCAGACACCGUCCGUCCUACACCCAACGGCGCUGCCACUGCCCACACCGCCAACGUCCGAUUGGUACAUGAACACCGGACCCGGGGCGCCGUCCAUCCAACCGUCGUCCGUCGACCACGGUCACCACUAUCUGACCGACCUAAAUCACCAUCACCAUCACCAUCACCCGCACCACCACACAUCACUGAUGGCCCAUCACCAUCAUGGCACCGCGGCUUAUUGAAACAAAUCCCCCGCUUCGUAUUACGACACCGACGCUGCCACCGCUGCCGCUUCCGCUUCCGCUUCCGAGUGGAGGUAGCACACCGCCACCGUCGCCGUCACUGAUGACAAUUGUGACGAUGACAACUACGGUUGGUGAUCGGCAGUGGCGACGAGUACAUUCUCGCCUCGACGAAACGACGCACCUAUAACAGAUAUAAUGUAAAAAAUAUAAUAUAAUUUUACACAAUUUUAGUAAUUAUUAUUGUUAUAUUAUAUUAUUCGCGGAUAAAAGAGCGUUUCGAUUUGUAUUUAUCUGAUCAUCGUAAAAAUUUGAUAUUGCUAUUCAAUCAUUGUGCAGCGCGUUUGGAUGUAUUAUCGUUUAUUAUGAAAUAAUAUUGUAAUAUAAUAUAUUCUAUUGUUUUAGUUUUAACAUCAGCUCUCUAUCGUUUUUCAUUACGAUAUGAAGUGGGGGCCACCUGUGAUUUAUAUUAUUAUUAGUAUUUAAUUUUUUUUUUUUUUUAGUGUAAUUAUUAUCAACGGGUUAUUAUAAUAUUUUUUUUUUAAUUUAAAGGUUCUAGUGUAUAAUCGACGACGUUAACGAUACUACUGAUGUUUUUUUUUUUUUAACAUUUCAUUUUGGUAUCGUAUACAACUGAACCACUCUGUUACUGUGCCUUUAAAUUAAAUACUUAAAAAUUAUGAUUUUUUUAAAUACCAACAUUAUGACAUGUGUAUAUGUUAUCGCAUAUUUAAUGUACUUGUAAUAUUAUAUUGUAAACAUCCAAUCAAAAAAGAAAAGAGAAAACUUCCAUUCAUUUACA